AUGGCGUCAGUCACGAAUUAUAGCAGUUACAGCCAGGCUGGUGCACAGCAGUCGUAUGGCUCAUACACUGCCCCUCCUUCUCAGAGCUAUGGACAGACUGCACAGCAGGGCUAUUCUCAGCAGGAUUACGGCUCAUAUACUCAACCUGCUGCUGCACCUGAGUCCACCUACAGUCAGGCAGCGCCCUCUGCUGGAGCGUAUGCACAACAGCCGUAUGGAUCCUCAUAUGGACAAGCAGCAGCAACAACAGCGGCGGCGGCGGCAGCAGCGCCAGCUGCAUAUGGAACCGCAACGCCAGGCUCUUAUAAUCAGCCUGCGCAGAGUUAUGGGGCCAGCAGCUACACCAGCUCCACUGCGGCCCCUGCCACCCAGGCCUCCUAUGGCUCCCAGCCCGGAUACUCGGCCCAGCCGGCCUAUUCUGGCUACAACCAGCAGGCUGCUGCCUCCGCUCCUCAGAGCUAUAGUGCAAGCAGCCAGCCUGCCUACAACCAAGGUGCCUAUUCCCAGCCUGGAGGUUAUUCUCAGCCUCAGGGUGGGUACCAGGCUCAGCAGCCAGGAUAUGGGCAGCAGCAGAGCAGCUAUGGACAGCCACCUCAGCAAGGCCCACCUGCUGCCUACCCCCCUCAGGGGAACAGCGCAUACGCACAGGCUCAGUACGGCCAACAGAGUGCGUCACAGAAUGAUUACAGCCAGCAAAGUGCUUACAACAGUUACAGCCAGGGUGGCGUGAGUGGAGGCUACCCAGGAUCACAGCAGCGGGGUGGAUACCCGGGAGAUGCAGGCAGAGAUGGUUAUGGUCCUCGGGGGCGUGGGGGUAUGGGCCGCGGUGGCAUGGGCAUCGCUGGAGACAGAGGGGGCUUCAAUAAGCCUGGUGGAGCAAUGAGAGGUGGAAUGGAUCGUGACAUGGGGCAUCCAGGAGAGCAGGACUCGGAGAACAGCACCAUCUAUAUCACAGGCCUCACUGAGAAUGCCACUCUACCAGAGAUGGCAGACUUUUUCAAGCACUGUGGACCGAUACGGAUAAAUCGGCGUCUAAACCAACCAGCCAUAAACAUCUACACAGAUAAAGAUUCUGGCAAACCAAAGGGAGAUGCCACACUGUCCUAUGAAGAACCUGCGAUCGCCAAAGCUGCUGUUGAAUACUUUGAUGGUAAGGAAUUCCAGGGCCGGAGGUUAAAGGUCUCUAUGGCUCGCCGGAAGCCCAUGAUCGGGGGUAUGAGAGGAGGAAUGCCAAUGAGAGGUGGCCCUGGGAUGGACCGUGGAGGUAUGGGAAGAGGAGGAGAGAGAGGUGGUUUCCCCUCUCGUGGUGGCCCUCGGGGUGGAAUGGGCUGGAAUGGUCCUCCAGGAGGCAAUGUGCAGAAGAGAGCUGGAGACUGGGAAUGUCCCAAUCCUGGAUGUGGCAAUCAGAACUUCUCCUGGAGAAUGGAGUGUAACCAAUGUAAAGCUCCAAAACCCGAAGGCCUCGGGGCUCCUCCCUUUCCUGCUGCAGGUGAUCGUGGCAGAGGAGGAAUGAGGGGCGGCAGGGGAAUGGAUCGUGGUGGACCAGGGGGCAUGCGUGGAGGCUGGGGAGGAGAUCGUGGAGGCUUCAGAGGAGGCCGUGGUGGAAUGGACAGGGGUGGAUUCAGAGGAGGUAGCAGGGGUGGUCCUCCCAUGGACAGAGGGGGCAGGAGAGGCAUGGGACCACCAGGCAAGAUGGAUAUGAGGGAUCACCGUCAGGAGCGCAGAGACAGACCCUACUAAGUUAAUGCAUCAAGCAUAGAGGAAAGAUUUUUAAAAGUCCUUUUUAUUUAUGAUUCCAUAUUUAUAUAUGGCUAUCUUUUUGCUUUUGCUUUUUUAAUUUCAGUGCCACACUGUGGUUUUAGUUAAACCUUUUGGUUGCUUUUUUUUUUUUUUUUUUUUUGUAUGCUAUAAUGGCUCCCCCCACCUUUUAAGAUACUCAGUUACCCUGUAGUCACCUUUUUUUGGUGAUAUCUGUCUUACAUGUCUCUCUAUGUAACUAUGUACUUUGAACAGUUUUUUAAAAAUAAACUUUUCCACCUCCA